AUGGAGCGGGUCACCAACGGUUCUGCGGGGGCGGGGGCGCGAGCGCGCGGGCGCCGCCGCGGGGGUGGGCGCCCCCGAGGAAGCCGUCGCGGCUGCGUGUCCAGCCGCACCAAGGGCGACGUCUCGGCCGGAAUGAAACGUGUGCUGGUGACGCCGCAGCUGGCGCGGCGCGUGACGCGGCCGGGCGGCGGGUGCACUUGCGGCCGCCGUCGCCGCUCGCCGCCGCCGGCAGCCGCCGCCGGUUCGCUGCGCCGCGCCGGCAGCACCGCCCUACCUGUCGUGGGAGCAGUUGAUGCAGGGACGGAGCGGCUUCCGGGCGCGUUCUUCCUGUAUUCAGCGCGGCGCGAGCGGCGCGCGCGGGCGCAGGUGUGCUCGCGCUGGCGCGACGUGCUGUACCGCCAGCGCGCGCUUCUGGGCCGGCUGGUGCCCGUGCUGCGCUGCCGGGAGCUGCGCGCCGCGCCCUGCGCCGAGCGCGCGCGCCUGUACGCGUCGCUGCUGCGCCGCGGCUUCCACGCCGUCUGCCUGCUCGGCGCCACCGACGAGGACGCGCUCGACCUCGUGCACUCCUUCCCGCAGGCCACCAAGCACGUGCACUCGCUCAGCCUGCGCUGCUCCAGCGUCAGCGACCACGGCCUGGAGGCGCUGCUCGACCACCUGCAGUUUGUUGUUUCUGACAUUGUAGUAGUGAGAACAGCGAAGUCAAAAGUCUUUGUAAGAAAUGCUGAAAUCAAGAAAAAGGAGAAAAAGAUGAAUAGUUGUGCUUUUUUGUCUGUUAGAAUGAUUCGAGGUCUGUAA